AAAUGAAUAAAAUUUUACCAACUAAUCACACACCCACCUGAAAUCUUAAACCUCUCUCUCUCUAACUCACUCACACACACUUCACUAACAAAUAAAGUAACCUUUUUUUAUAAUCUUUUUUACAUGGAUGAUCAUCGAAACACAACCCCAAACGCUAUUGGACUUUGUCUCCUCCCACAAGAACUAAUCCAAAACAUCUUCCUUUCCCUCGUUUUACCGGAGAUCAUUCGUUUGAAACUCGUCAACAAAUCCUUCUCAACGAUAAUCUCCGAUCACACUUUCGUUCGUCAGUGUAACUCUCUUUCCACCUCCACCACGUGGCUCUUUGUCUACAAGAAACGCUGGCUACGCGACGCUGUUCUUCACGCGUUCACCGAUCGGAGCUCCGAUCGAUGGUUCCGGAUCCCCAUAGCAGAGCUUCUCAAGCCUGUUGACUUUCACGGCGAGGAUCUUUACUUUCUUGCAGCUUCCGCUAACGUUUUUCUCUUCGCCUCCAACAACGUUCGUGAGGUCGUCGCCGUUAAUUUAGUCGCCGUCACCGUUAAAAGGAUCCCUCCUUCCCCGUUAGGUCCACGUGGCACUUCUUCUUGGAGGAGAUCCGGAAUGAAGCUUGUAACCGACCCGUCCGGAUCGGGUCAUUUCCGUUUUUAUUUCGCGGAAUUUGUUGGGAACCGACCUGUUUUGUUUGUGUACGAUUCGAUAACUGACACGUGGAAGUCGACGGAAGCUGAAGAAAAAGGAGGCGAUGGUGUUUUGCCACGUGGAGGAGUUCACGUGUUUCUCAGCGUUGUUCAUGGUCCCAGAGAGAGUGUUUUGGUUGCGUCAAUGCCUGAAUGUGACGCACCUGUUGUUCUACGGCCACGAUUUAAUGAUGCUGGGGGAUUAACCGUUGGAUUCAACUGGGGGAACAUGAUUGAUAGGUUACACGUGUACGGUGAUGGGUACACGAUGAUUGUGAAAUCGGAGGGGGACAUUGGGAAUAGGAGGAGCGUGAGAGUGUUGAAAGGAGUGGAAUUAUGGGGGCUAAGUUUAGACGGAAGGAAGUGGGAGUUUGUUUCAUCUGUUCCUGGGGACGUGAUGAGAGUGAUUGAGAAGCCUUAUGGAGUAAUGAUGGGUUGUUUAGAGGAGAAAAAUGGAAUUAUUAGGGCCGCUUUGGUGUCUAAUUGUGAAGGUUUUUGGGACAUGUUGUUGCUCUCUUUUGAUACCAAAUCGAACCGUUGGAACUGGAUGCCACUACCCGAUUGCAAAAUGAAGGGUUGGAACUUGGCUGGAAUAAGCUUCUCUGCUGGACUUACUUUGCCUUAAUCCAGACAAGCACUGUCAUCUCAACCUUUCCCUCCCUUUCUCUCUUUCUCCAUCUAUAUGUGUUCUCUCAUGAUUUUCUCCCCAAUUUAAACAUUAUUCUCUCUUUUAUUUUAGUACAAAAAUUAUCUUUACGAAAGUAAAUAAUCCAAACCAGCACCAAUCCAACACUCUCAAAAUUUGCAAAAUAGGAUCCCAUCUCAGAAAUCGUUGAACGCCGAAUUUAUACAUAGUUUUCUGCUCCUUUAUUAGAGUAUUAUUACGCGUGCCAUUUGUACAUUUGAUAAGUAAAAGAUCUGAAAAUAAAAAUGUAUUUGCUAUGUAAAGUAUUGAUCAAGCGACUACAAGUAUCGGUUCAUCGUGAUUACAAUUA